CUCCUAUUUCCCUCUACCUAUAAAGCUGUCCACUCAGUCUCGUACAUUCAUAGUGGGUCUAGCCACAAAAGUUGUAGCUCAGCUUCUUCUGGUCUUCUCGCCUGCACCUACAUAAUAUUUCCCUCAACAUCUUAUUCAUAAAUAUAAAUAUAUCGUAUAGGUUAUAAACUGUACUAUUAUAAACAUCUCAACUGAAAAAUAAACAACAAAGAUGUCGUCCUCUGCUCAACACCAGACGAUGUCCUUGCAAACCAUCGACCCCAAGAGGGAUUACGGGAUAGAAUGGCACCAACAACAACAACAACAACAGCAGAUGACUCCAAGGGACAUUAUGCGAACCUCCGAUGUAGAGGGUGCAACACCAAAAUUGAAGUUUUAUCAGACUGCUGCUACACGAACACCCUGGGAUCCGAGCGAAGUGCAGCCUGAAAGAAGAGAGUUUGUGAAUAAGAGACCAAUAGGAAGUAGCUUGCAUUGUCGAGACAUAGAAAGGGCACAGCCGAAAAGAGAUUACAUGUGGCGCAGAUUUCAGGAAGAGAAUGGUAUUUACAAAAGACGAGAGUUGAUUCGUCGUGUUCCUUAUUCUUAUUGUUUAGGAUGAUUCACAGAGAAUAUAUAGCUGUUGUCGUAAUUACUUGCGCGGGUCAGGUGGCUCUCAACGACAACGACAUCACUUUUUAUGAAAAUAAUUCACACGAUCACGACUCUCACCCACUUCUUUACCCACGAGAACAACACGACAUACAACAGCUCCCUUGAAUCCGCUGCAACCGAACUACCAAUUUCCUUCGAACGGAGUACAACCCGCUUACGAAGAACCUAAGUACAUCGAGUCCAGCAAGCCAAGAGAGACAGAAUUGGAAGCGGAAGUGUUGAACAAGCAAUUCGGCAUUCGCGCCAAGCAGAACCGUGAAGAAGCGCUCCGGCAAUUGCCUCAGGACUUGCUCUCUUUGCCUUACUCCACUCCCCACUACUAUCGCAAAGUCCACAGACCGAUUACGGAAACGAGUUCUGGACCUGGCUUUCAAGAAGUAGCUGAUAUCAACGAUCGUCACUACGUAGGUGGAAGUUCGAAGACACCAAGGGCUGCACAGAACAAUGGAGGAGAUCCGAUUCGGAAUCCUCUGACACCAAGAUACUUGAUGUCAGGGAGACAUCCUGAUGCUGGAGCGCCUGCACCAACGGUAGGGGGCGCAAAUUAUAGGUCUCCAACAGUGGAUCAAUACACGCGUGGCGGCUUACAACUCGAAUACGCUUCUACGACAAAGCAGAUGGGAGAUCAAGAUUUGAAUGACCCUUUGAAUCCAGUGACACACUGUAAUUUAAACAUUGGGAACUUGCCGAAUGGAUGCAGCUACAGUUGUAGUGCUAGACGAGAGAGGGAUGAGUCGAGGACUAGUACUUUCACUCCACGAAGAGAGAGCAAGAACAUGGUCCAAGAAGCAACGCAACGUCGUGCGGAUCAGGCCCAGGCACAAAGGAAGGAAGCAAGACCAACUUUAUUGCGGACUUUGGACGACUAUCGUGAUGACCGUGUUGGAAAUAAUGUUGGUGCAAGUCACUCCAUUGCUGAUAGUGGGAGCAUGUCUUGUGGACACGAGACGCACACGAUUUCGGCUGGAGCACAACUGCAGCUCAAUCGCUUCGCGUCACCCGAUAGCAAAACUAACAAGUGGAACGUGAAUGUGAAACAUCAGAAUUACGCUAGUAGUCAAGCUUCAACUACCUCAGGUUCUUCAGGCAGAAAUGCUGCAGUUGAACAUCCUAGCCGUCGCGGUAGUGCAACUACAGCAAGAUCGGGUGGACCUCCUGUUGGUGUUGGUAUUGGUGAUAGCCCAUCUGCCAAGGCCCGCAACAUAACCACAAGUGACACUAGCGCCAACCUCGGCUAUCAAGGCUCAGCUGCUUUGGACAACUGUGGAGGUAGUUACAAUGCAUCUAUAAUAGUAGGCGGACCGCCACAGAGCGGGACGUUUUCUGAAUAUCAAGCGGAGGAAGCGUGGCGCCAAAACAAGUCUUGCCGAGUUAGCGAUUACGAAAGACUUCAUGAUGUAGCACCAAGAGGCAGUUUUGAUGGCUCCCAUAUACUGGGGAGAGCCGAAUACGAAAGGGAAAGAACAAAUGAUGGAGCAAGGCAAGAACAUGCCCUAGUAGAGAACAAGAAUAGUACCUCCACGACUCCAAGGAACACCAGUACUACUAGAGGCAGUUUGAGUGCUAGAGGGCCACCCUCCAAAGACCUAGACCAACGCACAAGGGAUCGGCAGAACCGGCAGUGGCACGAUGAAAUUGUGCAAGAUUGGACCACAGGAAGAGACAGUAAGACUAGUAUUAAGGGUAGGUUAAAGGUGCUUUUCUUACCGCUUUUUAUGCCUCUCCUAAGGGAGAAAGGCAUAAAAAGCGGGGUAAGCGAGCACCAAAAACCUACGUCUAAUAGUAGCAAACAAAGUAGUAGUGUUUCGCCUCGCAGGAGCGCAAGAGUGAGGGCAUUGGAACCUCAAACUAAUGCUAAUGAUUUUGUGCCAACGCUGACUGUCAACAACGACACAGGAGCUUCAGACAUCAUCUCCGCCAACAUUGCUCGCGACCCUCGUGCUCAGCCUGCACCAAAACGUGAGAAAUAUCAAUCUCGCGUGUCGGAAGAAACCGGUGGUGAUGUUUUUGAGCACUGCUUCCCGAGUCGGCCUGAGGAUCGAGCAGCUUUAGCGCAGGAAUUGAAGCCUAAAGAGCUUCGGGCGCCGUUCUUUGGAUAUCAGCGCGAGGAUCCUAGUAAAGUAUCACUAAGAUCGAACCUUCGUUCAGUCAACACAGCAACGGACUUGAUUGAGCAGGAUGCGGAUACGUUAGAGAAAUACGUGGAGAUGAAUAGUAGAACACACACGAUUUUGGGCGGUAGAAAAGUGUUUGACGAUUUGUAUGGUGGAGCACGGUUGACUGGAGUGAUGGGCGUGAAAAUGGCGGGAGGAAGUGUACAACUGCAUGAUGAACCAGCACAGGCAGCAGGAGGUCAUAGAAGUAGUCCUUCUCAGGGUACUAAUCAUAACACCACUUCUACACCAAGAGGAAGUAACUACACAACUAAAGGAGCAGCAACUGGAGGCAACACUUCUGCAAGGAUGCGACAUCUACUUGCUGGUGGCAAUCUUCAACAUCAAGAACGUGAACAAAAUUUCCAUGCUAGAGUGCAAGACCAUGAUCAACAACAUCAACCUCCCACGCCUAAAAUGCGAGUAAAACAUGAAAUCGGCCCUAUCCGCAUGAACUCUCCUCGCAAACUCUUCUACGAGAGGAAGGAUUACAAGCACAACUGCAAUGCCCCAACAGACUUAUCUCUCCAAUCGAGAGACAUAGUAGGCGCUUCACCACGGGUCCCGAAGAACGCACAAGUAGCGGAAUUUCGUACGAGACAGCAUAUCCAUGAUGUUUCCGACAUCAACAUGCGUAAGACACCUCGUGGCGACGUGGAACUAGAGCCUUUGGCUGGAAUAGCGACAAUCCCAGACGCACCGUCCGAUAUGCCCACGAUUUUCGGUGGAGGAAGAUUGAGCAAGGAACGAGCGAGGGAGAUGGCGAUUCAUCGAAGGUGAUGUAAGUAGUUAGAGAAGUGGCCCUUCUUGAGACCAAUUAGAAGCAUAAUGAAAUACGAUGAAGGAGGUGGAAAGACUCUUCUAGGCAAGACUCGCGGCAUAAGUAUAGAGAAUGAACAACAUCUCCCUCAACAUCUUCGAGCAAAAAUAUCAAAAUUAGAGAGAUCUGGUGAUCCCAUUAUUUUCAUGGUGCAUCAUUAUACCUUUUUUAACGUCGCUCUUUCAGCUGUACACGCAUAUAUAUCUUUGGCCUAAAAAUUUCUGGGAUACAAGAAUAUCAGCAUAGAAAUAGGUAUACCGUGGAGGCAGCUAGGUAGAUAGGUUAGAGGCUACGUAGAUAUGUGAUUCUGUACAAAGCUUAUGUUCUUGGAACUGAAAUGAUGAUAACACUGAGACUGGCAUACCGCGACUUAAUGAAACGAUAGUAAUGUCUUGUUGGGAUCGUUCCGUACGAAAAAUGAGCACAUGAAAAAAACAGAAAUCAUAUACACCUGCACGUAUAAAGCGUUACAAUAUACUAGAAAGGAGCAUAUAGCGAGAUGCAAUCUUGUGCAAGUAGUUUGAAUUGCACCCCUCUUCAUCACAUGAUCGAUGCUAUUAUAGAAGUCGCCAUCUCAAUUUCGUUUGGGUCGUCGGGAAAACCCAUUUUUACGACAGGUUUGGUGUCGUCGACAUUGUCUUGCGUCU